AUGGCGAACAGAAAAAUAGCGCCCGAAAUCCAAACUAUGUUUGAUAAAUACACCAAGAAUUUUGUGAGGAGACUAAAACGACACGAUGCUACCAAACUUUUAGAAGACGAAUUCAACCUAACACAAGAAGAAGCCGAUGUUAUGUUCGACGUUUUUGAUAAAGAUAAAAAUAACGAGUUUAGUUUAUGGGAAUUUCAACAGUUUUAUACUUGUAUGGGAAAAGAUGCUAAAGACACAAUCAAUUUAUUCAAUUCAUUAGAGAAAGACCACAGUGGUACUAUAGACAUAGUUAAAUGUUUUGACACCAUGAAAGGGUUAAAGGCCAGAGAUGGACGACAUUUAGAAGAAAAUGAUAUAGAAAUGUUAAUCAAAUCUACCGCAGGACCUGACAAAACCAUUGAUUUACCUAAAUUUAUUAGUCUUAUGACUAGAGUGAAAUUCUUUAAUAAUAAGGCAUAA